AAUAAUAUGGUGCAUUAGUAAUAGUUAGCUCAUAAAUUUAAUCCAGCGCAGCUUAGAUCAACGAGCGUACAAAUAUCAAACAAUGCCAGAUAAAUAAAUAAAAAGCGGUCUUAAAUACAUCCAACACACACACAAAUCGCACUGGAGUGCUGUUGCUAGUGGAAUCGAAUGUUAAACAAGUGGUGCAAAAAAAUUAACAAACAGCAACAACAAUUUUAACAAAAGUAAGCUCUGUGUGCGUGUGAGUGUGUGCGCUUGGCGAAACGGCCACCAUAAAUCCCACUAAAGCAGUCGCUGGCAGUGCGCGCGAGAGAGAAGGCAGUUUUGCAAAUGCAAAUGGUUAGCGUUCGCUAUUUCGUUGAGAGCCAAAUUGUUUGUUAAAAUAAAAAUUGUAAUUAAACGUUAAUUGUGUUGGCAGCUACAGCAUCAACAGCAUUUAAUAACGCGCAUGCAUGAGCUCGUGCAGUCUGCUUCCCACGACAACAACACAAUAAAAAAGCAACAAGAACAACAUAUUGCUAUCUAGUGGGAAAUUUUAUGCUGCUGCCUUACCAACGUUUUUAUAUUGAAGUUUUUUUGAUUCUUUAUUCACACACAAAUAAUUGAUAAGUACAACAAAAUUCUUUGUUACUGCCGUCGUCGCCGCCGCCCCUAAACUACAAAAAGCGACAACGACCACAACUACAUACAGAGGCAGCAAGCAAUCGCAGCAUCAAUACAAGCGCAACAAGAGCUGACGCCGCCUAAGACAUUUUUAAUAAAAGGAAAUUAAAUAAACUUACAUAAAUUAACAACACUACUGCAACACCAAUAACAAUACAGCGCUUAUCAUACACCAGCAACAACAACAACAUUAACGGCAAACAGAAGAACAACAGUUCAUCGUACAUACAUACAUAUUUAUAGCAGUCACUCGCCGGCUACCGCAGCACUGUGCGUGUGAGCGAGAAAGCGCACACUCGUAUGUUUGUCUCCGUGAAUGUGGGAGCAAGGCACGGCACUGAACAACAACAACAACAGUAGCAGCAACAGAAUAAAAUCGGAAAAAUUUGCGGACAGUGCACUUUUUUUUUUGUUUUUUGUUGUUUUUUUUGUUCCAUCGUUCGGCCGCACUCAAAGUUUGAGGCCAACACCACCAAACUGUUAAUUGCAUCGACGGCAGCAUCAGCAGCAGCGCCAAAAUGGCUCGCGGCUUCGAUCAUCUGUUCAAGUUGCUUAUAAUUGGGGACAGUGGUGUAGGAAAAUCCUCACUACUCAUACGCUACUCAGAUGACACAUUCUCGGGUAGCUACAUAACAACGAUUGGUGUGGACUUUAAAAUACGCACAGUGGUGAUUGAUGGAUUGCGCGUUAAGCUUCAGAUUUGGGAUACGGCCGGACAGGAGCGAUUCCGGACCAUCACCAGCACCUAUUAUCGUGGCACGCACGGCGUGAUUAUCGUCUACGAUGUGACGAAUGGCGAUUCGUUUGCGAAUGUGCGGCGCUGGCUGGAGGAGAUACAGAAUAAUUGCGAUGUUGUGAACAAAGUAUUAGUUGGCAAUAAGAAUGAUGAUCCCGAUCGAAAGGUAGUCAUCACGGAGGACGCGCAACGCUUUGCGCGACAAAUGGAUAUUGAAUUGUAUGAGACAUCCGCCAAAGAUAACAUCAACGUGGAGGAGAUGUUUCUGUCGAUAACGAGGCAGGUGUUGAACCACAAGUUGCGUACCGCCUCCAAUGAGCAGCAGAAGGACACCAUUAACUUGAAGCAUCCGAAGAAUAAACGAAAAAACAAAUGUUGCAGUUGAAAGUGGUGUGUUUCGGGAAGGAUGCUCGUAGUAUACUGAUUUAUGUGGUUCGGUACAGCGACACAUACACAUACACACAUAUGCAUAUUAUCGUAUAUUUAGAUAUACGUACAUAAUUUAUAAAUACACACAAACACACACACACACACAUAUAUAUACGAAAAAGAGUAAGAAACAAAAUAUAUUGUUUUUUAUGUACCUAAACACAUAUGUAGAUCAUUUUAUAAAAUGCCACACAGUCGUACAUAAUAAUGAAUUGUAUUCGGCAAGUUAAUAUACAAGAAACAAAACAAACAAAAAAAAUAUAUAUAUACAAAAAUUAAGAAACAAAAUGCAUAUUACAUAUUUAUUUGAAGAAGAAUACAAGCAUACAUAUACAUAUUUAUACAGAAUAUUGUAUUUACAACGCUAACUAAAUAGUUUGGUUAUAAAAUGCGCAAAAAAUGAGAUGAAAACAAAAACAAUAAUAAUAAUAA